AUGCUGAUGAAUGAAUUUGUUGAGAAUGGGGAUGGACCCUAUGCCAGAACACCUCAUGAAUGCCCUUUUAGUCACAUAGACAGUUUCUUGGAGAAGUGUGACACCAUAAAGCUCAACGAUGUUACUGAUGAUGCUAUCAGACUUCGUUUGUUCCCUUUUUCACUACGGGAUAGAGCGAAGGAAUGGUUACGAGACGAAGGUACAGGUUCCUUUGAUACAUGGGAUAAGCUUGCCAAAGCUUUCUUAGUAAGAUUUUUAGGGCAAGAGAAGACAGCAAGGUUAAGGAACGAGCUAGCUACCUUUCGUCAAUAUGAUGACGAGUCUUUAUAUGAGGCAUGGAGAAGAUUCAAGCCCUUACAGAGACAAUGCCCUCAUCAUGGUAUCCCAGAGUGGAUGUUGAUCCAAACAUUCUACAAUGGUCUGACCCACGAGUUCCGCAUAUACAUUGAUGCUGCAUCCAGGGGUUCUCUCAUGACUAAGAACCCAACUGAAGCCAAGGAGCUAAUUGAGAAGAUGGCAGCCAAUGAUAAUUAUCAUCUAGGGGGCAGAAAUACUGUGAAGAAUAAAGGAAAAUUUGAUGUUGAUGCUUUAACUCUCUUCACAAGUUCUGUACAAGCAUUAGCAAGCAAGUUUGAUAAACUCCAAGCUGGAUCCUCUUCCGCUUCAUUCGAAACAUGUCAAUUAUGUGGUAUUCAAGGCCACAUUGCACCACAAUGUCAACCUCCCUCUGACGAAAUGUCAAUCGAGCAAGCAAAUGCCUUCUAUACUACGGCUCCUAAAAGGUUGUAUGAUCCUCAUUCAAACACAUACAAUGAAGGGUGGAGAAAUCAUCCGGACUUCUCUUAUAAGAACACUUAA